AAACUUCACUGAGAGAGAGAGAAUCUGUGAUGGUUUUGGUUGUUGCUGUCAAUGGCUGAGGUCUGUUGUGAAGCAAAAUCUCAAAAUUAUUAGUAAAUUGGAAGCGCCAACCAAACCCUCCACAAUGCUUUUUCUUUCUUUCUCGUCGCUUUCCCCUUUCAUCAUUUACCCUCAUCUUCAAAUUCACUAUCUUCUUCUUCUUCUUCUUCUUCUUCCAUUUUUCUUCUACUCCAUCUUCAAAUUCACUCUCUUCUUCCUGUUUACCAACAGGGUUUCUGACGAACACUUUGAUUUGGGUUUCAUUCUGCUUCCUUCUCCCACAGGAGUUCGUUUGUUUGAUUGUGAUGCUGUUUGGGAGCUAAUUGCUAGAUGCCGUCGAUGUGGAGGGAUUGUGUGUGCGUGUUUCUGCUCUUGUGCUGUUCAUCCAUACUUCUUACUGGUGCUGCUCAAACAGAGCCAUCUGAUGCUUAUCAGUUGGAGUAAAGGAGAUCCUUGCAAAGAUAAUUGGAUUGGAGUAGUAUGUUCUGGUGGAGCUGUCGGGAACUUACGUGUCAAAGAAAUCCAGCUAUUGAAUAAAAACCUAUCUGGCAAUUUAGCUCCUGAGAUCAGUCAAUUGUCAGCGCUUGAGAAGUUAAAUUUCAUGUGGAAUGACCUAACUGGUUCAAUUCCAAAGGAGAUUGGCAGUAUGGUGUCGCUGAAACUUUUACUCCUAAAUGGAAAUAAGCUAUCUGGUUCUCUUCCGGAUGAGCUUGGUAAUCUUGUAAAACUCAUCCGGUUCCAAAUAGACGAGAAUCGAAUUUCAGGGCCUAUCCCAAAAUCAUAUGCUAACUUGGCCAGUCUGAAGCACCUCCACUUCAAUAACAACACACUAAGUGGUGAAAUUCCAUCUGAGCUUUCCAAAUUACCCAAGCUUAUUCACAUGCUUGUAGAUAACAAUAAUUUGUCGGGUUCUCUGCCACCAGAACUUUCGACCAUGCCAAUGCUACUUAUUCUGCAACUUGAUAGCAACAACUUCGAUGGGGAAAUUCCAGCAUCUUAUGAAAAUUUUCCUGAAUUAGUGAAAUUAAGUCUAAGGAAUUGCAGUUUGAAGGGGCCGAUUCCUAAUUUUAGCAAGUUAGCAAACCUCAGUUACUUAGAUCUUAGCUGGAACCAUUUUACUGGACUCAUACCCCCUUACAACCUCUCUUCUAGAAUGACAACAAUAAUUUUGUCAAACAACCAGCUGAAUGGAUCAAUACCCAGAAGUUUCUCCAAUCUCCCUAUCCUCCAGAAACUGUCACUUGAGAAUAACUUUCUGAAUGGUUCUGUACCUUCUGCUCUAUGGGAGAAAAUGUCCUUCGAUUCAAGUGACCGACUUACACUCGAUCUUCGGAACAAUUCGUUUUCUGACAUUUCUGGAAGCACAAACCCUCCUGCUAAUGUCACCCUAAGGCUUGGAGGGAAUCCAAUCUGCAAAAUUUUGAGCGGACAAAACACUGACAAGUUCUGUAAGUCAAAAAAUGUAGAGGAUGGGCUUCAUAGAAGUUCAAGGAGUUCCAGUAAAACAUGUCCAGUUAGCAGUUGUCCAACUGACAGUUUCUUUGAAUUAGUGCCAGACACUCCUGACCCAUGUUUUUGUGCAUCACCCCUUGGGAUUGGAUAUAGGCUGAAAAGUCCAAGUUUUUCCUACUUUCCUCCAUAUGUGAAUUCAUUUGAAGCGUAUCUGUCUAAGGAACUCAGUUUGGUGAAGCAUCAAUUGUUAAUUGAUUCGUACGAUUGGGAGGGUUCUCGCUUGAGGAUGUAUCUGAAGAUUUUUCCAUCAUUCGAUAGUGGUACUCAUAAAUUGGAUGUAAAUGAGACAUUUCUAAUUACAGAGCAAUUUAUGUCGUGGAGUUUUACCCGUAAUAACGUGUUUGGCCCAUACGAGCUUCUCAACUUCACAUUCCCUGACCAUUUUCAGACUGUCAUUUUCCAGACAGAGAAGAUGGGCAUUAGUACGGGCGCUACAGUUGGCAUUAUAGUUGGAUCUGUUUUUUGUAUUCUUGCGAUCGUUGCAGUUACUGUACUUCUGUUCACUAGGCAUUCUAGAUACCGUCACAACUUGUCAAGGAAAAAUCUCUCUUCAACUAUUAAUCUGAAAAUUGAUGGUGUAAAAGCAUUUUCAUUCAAGGACCUGCAAUUGGCUACUGGAAAUUUCAACCAAUCAAGUCAAGUUGGCCGAGGAGGUUAUGGCAAGGUCUAUAAAGGCAUACUAUCAGAUAAUUCCGUUGUAGCCAUCAAGCGUGCAGAAAAAGGAUCCUUACAAGGCCAAAAAGAAUUUUUGACUGAGAUAAAACUCUUAUCACGGUUGCAUCACCGAAACUUAGUAUCCCUAAUAGGAUAUUGUGAUGAAGAAGGGGAACAAAUGCUGGUGUAUGAGUUUAUGCCGAAUGGAACUUUGCGGGACUGGCUUUCUAGUUUUGAAUUUUCAGAUCAAAGUACAUCAACAGUAAGUCUGAAUUUUCGUAUGAGAUUACGAAUUUCACUGGGUUCAGCUAAAGGUAUACUGUAUCUCCAUACUGAAGCAAAUCCUCCUAUAUUUCACCGAGACAUCAAAGCUAGAAACAUACUUCUCGAUGCUAAGUUCACGGCUAAAGUGGCUGAUUUUGGAUUGUCACGUCUUGCUCCUGAUCUAAAUUACGAGGGGGACGUUCCUGGACAUAUAUCUACUGUUGUGAAGGGUACCCCUGGUUAUCUUGAUCCAGAGUACUUUUUAACCCAUAAACUGACAGACAAAAGUGAUGUCUAUAGCCUAGGAGUUGUAUUCUUGGAGCUCUUAACGGGCAUGCACCCUAUUCAGCACGGCAAAAACAUUGUCCGUGAGGUAAAAUUGGCUCAUCAAAUGGGAACAGUUCUUUCAAUUGUAGACUCAACGUUGGGUUCUUUUGCACCUGAUUGUUUAGAGAGGUUUGUUGCUUUAGCCAUCAGUUGUUGCCAUGACAAUCCCGAUGAACGGCCGUCCAUGCUGGUUGUGGUAAGGGAGUUGGAGAACAUAUUGAACAUGAUGCCUGACGAUAGUGGCGCAUUGUAUUCAGACUUGUCAACAAAAUCAAGUGCCAGACUUCCAUCCUCACCGACAUCAACGUCUGGCUUCAGCCGAGAUCAUUUUGCAUCGGGAAGCAUUUCAGGGAGCGAUCUUGUCAGUGGUGUCAUGCCAACCAUCAGACCUCGGUGACAUCUUGUUUGGCUUCUGCUUGAUGCUUGUUAGUUCAUAGUUGUGUAACCAUGUUCUUUUGAAUCUGAAUCUGUUUAGCCAAUGUUUCUGAUACUAAGUAGUAGGAUUCAUAGGAAAGAGGCCUCUUCAAAACUAGGAAGAGUAAAGAGAGUUCUGAUUUUUACUCAUUAUAUAUGUAUAUUUAAAAUUGAAGAAAGCGCGAAAAGCGUUAAAUUUGCAUUUUGAAUUGAAAAUUGACUCGUAUUGUACAGAUGAUGAUUGGAAUGUAAGAUAUCGAAGAAAGUAUUUAUCCUAAA